AUGAAGCACCUGGUGGAGGUGGAGCCGGCGACGGCGACCACGGGGCCGGCGUACCGGAACGCGCGGGCGAAGGACGGCCUCCUGCAGGCCCCGCCGGGGCUCCACAGCUGCUGGGACAUCUUCCGGACGUCCGUGGAGAAGUACCCCGACAACCCGAUGCUCGGUCGCCGGAGAGUGGUCGACGGCAAGGCGGGCGAAUACACCUGGGCGACUUACAGGGAAGUCUACGAUGUGGUGAUGAAGCUUGCAGCCUCCAUCGACAAAUCCGGAAUCAAACAGGGUGAAAGCUGUGGUAUAUACGGCGCAAACUGCCCCGAAUGGAUCAUCAGCAUGGAGGCUUGCAACGCGCUUGGGGUUUGCUGCGUUCCCCUCUACGAUUCUCUCGGUGCUGGGGCGGUGGAGUUUAUCAUUUGCCAGGCCGAAAUCCAGAUCGCGUUUGUGGAGGAAAAUAAGAUCGCAGAGCUCCUGAAAACUUGUCAUGCUACUUCGAAGUAUCUGAAAACGGUUAUAAGCUUUGGAGGGGUCACAAAUGACCAUAAAGAUGAAGCUAAAAAACAUGGCCUGUCCAUUUUCUCUUGGGAGGAAUUCCUGAUCAUGGGUGGCUCUCAUAAUUUUGAUCUGCCUGAAAAGAAGAGAUCUGACAUCUGUACAAUAAUGUAUACAAGCGGCACAACGGGAGACCCUAAAGGAGUUAUGAUAUCAAAUGAAAGCCUUCUUGUAAAUAUCGCGGGCCCUGAUUCUGUACUUCAGUAUAUUGGUGAAGUUUUAGAUCAAGAUGAUGUCUAUUUGUCAUAUCUUCCACUAGCCCAUAUCUUUGAUAGAAUGUUUGAGGAAGUGUUCAUUUACCAUGGAUCAAAAAUUGGAUUUUGGCGUGGGGAUGUCAAACUAUUGGUUGAUGACAUUGCAGCACUAAAACCAACAGUAUUCUGUGCUGUUCCACGUGUGCUGGACAGGAUAUAUUCAGGUCUUACAGCUAGGAUUUCGUCUGGUGGUAUACUGAAGAAAACUCUAUUCAACAUUGCUUAUAAGAUGAAACUGGACAGCAUGAGGAAAGGAAUUAAACAUGAGAAGGCAGCCCCAUUCUUUGACAAAUUAGUUUUCAGCAAGGUGAAAGAAAGGCUUGGUGGAAAAUUAAGAGUUAUUGUAUCUGGAGGUGCCCCUCUAGCUGUACCAGUGGAAGAAUUUUUGAGGGUUGUGACAUGUGCUUAUGUUAUUCAAGGCUAUGGACUGACGGAAACUUGUGCGGGAUCUAUAGUUUCGAUACCAAAUGAAUACUCCAUGCUUGGCACUGUUGGUCCACCUGUUCCACAUAUAGAUGUACGCCUCGAGUCAGUUCCAGAGAUGGGUUAUGAUGCUUUGUCUAGUGUCCCACGUGGAGAGAUAUGCAUAAGGGGAAGUGUUCUGUUCUCUGGAUACUACAAAAGAGAGGACCUUGUGCAGGAAGUCAUGAUUGAUGGCUGGUUUCACACUGGAGAUAUUGGUGAGUGGCAACCAGAUGGAUCCUUAAAAGUGAUUGAUAGAAAGAAGAAUAUUUUCAAGCUUUCGCAGGGGGAAUACGUUGCAGUGGAAAAUCUAGAGAAUGUAUACGGUGUUCUUCAAGAUAUAGAUUCAAUAUGGGUAUAUGGGAAUAGUUUUGAAUCUUCUCUUGUUGCUGUUGUCAAUCCGAACCAACAAGCUCUUGAACGCUGGGCGGAACAAAACGGUAUUACUGGAAGUUUUGCUGAACUAUGCGAGCAUUCAAGAGCCAAAGAACAUAUUCUUGCAGAGCUCACGAAGAUUGCGAAGGAAAAGAAGCUGAAAGGCUUUGAGUUCAUAAAAGCUAUCCAUCUUGACCCGUUGCCAUUUGAUAUCGAGCGCGAUCUCAUCACCCCAACAUACAAGAAGAAACGGCCACAAAUGCUCAAAUACUACCAGGGAGUAAUCGAUGCGGUCUACAAGAACAUGAAGUAA